AACAACACAGGAACUCUGGAGACUAGUACCUUACUAGGGAGUAUCUUAAAUGGGUGUAAAGAACCUUCCUGCUAAACUGGGUCCCUGAGUAAAUGGAUCCAUCCUAAUCACAUGUGGCAAACUGCUCCAUCCUUAGCAAUCAUCAGCUUCUCCAUCUGCCUCCUAUCCUCCCCUGAUUAGGAAAACAAUAAUUGGUUCACCAGCUAUCAGUCUUGGCUUCGGGUGCCUGCCUUCAUGACAUGAACAUUGAUAUUUAAAAGAAAAACUAGAGAGGAAGUUUUGCAUGUACUUUUUGCAGAUUUUCUCCCAUUGCCCCUCUUGACCAGCAGACUAUGAUGUCUUCCAGAAGCCAAAGGAAUCCCUCUUCCUCUGAAAGAAAGGACUGUGGAGAGCAGAUUGUGUCGGGCACAAAGGAGACAGUGUCAUCCACAAUGGCAAAUGCCAAAGAUGCCCUUGCCAAUAAAGUGUCCGGAGUCCUGGACAUGACCAAAGAGGCUGUCCAGGGCAGUGUGGAAGCCACCAAGUCCAUCGUCAGCCACAGCCUGAACACUAUUGUGGAGUCCAGAGUGGGCCUGAUAGCAGCUGGAGGUGCUGAGGCAUUGCUUGGGAGAUCUGAAAAGCUGGUGGAUCAGUAUCUCCCCAUCACAUCCCUAGAACUGGCUGAGCUUGCCACAAAUCUAAAGGAAGGUGACGUUGUUCCUGUGCAGCAGCAUGAAUAUCUGGUGCGCCUGGGUGCCCUUUCAGCCAAACUCCGCAACAGGGCCUAUCAGCAUUCCCUAAGAAAGAUAAAAGUAACCAGACAGAACGUCUACAACUCUCUCUCCCAGCUUCAGCAGACUCUUGACCUGAUUGAGCAACUGAAACAAGAUGUGGGCAAAAAGUUGCAUGGGAGCCAAGAAAAGCUCAGCCAGUUGUGGCUGGAGUGGAGCAAGAUGAAUCCAGAAGGCAAGAAGGAAAGGAAUAUAACUCAGCCUGAGGUAGAAGCUCAAACUCUGACCAUGUUCCACAAGAUAACCCAACAACUGCAGGCCACUUGCCAGACACUGGUGUCCAGCAUCCAAGGAUUCCCUUCCAGCCUGCAGGAUAAGGUGCAGCAAGUCUGGCAAAGUACUGGUGAGCUCCAGACUUUGUUCUCAACAGCUGGCUCCUUCCAAGAGCUUUCCAGCUCCCUCCUCACGCAGAGCCGAAAGAAGGUGCUGAAGGCCCAAGGAUACAUGGAUGAAGUCUUUGACUACAUUGUCCGCAACACCCCCCUCUCCUGGCUGGUGGGCCCCUUUCUGCUCUCUGGCAGGCUACCUGCUGAAGUUGACGAUCCAGCCCAGUGAAGAAGCAAGAUCGGCCCCAUCGUCCUUUUUGCUGACUUCUUGGUUCCUUUAGCAGGGCAAAAGAUGCCCUCUUGAAGAAUAACUUUGGUUCUCCAGCCAGACUUAACCUUUGCAAACAGCAGUGGUUUUUGCAGUGGUACUUAUAAUGGCAUGUUCCCUGUCUGCCAAGACAAAAUAGCAUCUGGAAUAAAAUGGCUAGCAUAGAA